AUGACUACAGCUAUCCCCUUCCCUUUGCGUGUGGAUCCUCAUCUCAAAGACGAAGGAAAGCCUAAACAAUUUCAGCCCAAUCUCAAUGUCAAGUUGAUUUGUCCUGACUGUAGAGUCGAGCCUCCAUCCAUUGUAGAGGAAUUCGCCUCGGGUGACCUUGUUUGUGGAGAUUGUGGGCUCGUUCUUGGUGAUCGUAUCAUCGAUACGAGAUCAGAAUGGAGAACUUUCGCAAACGAUGAAGGCGAUGAUCCUUCUCGUGUAGGUGCCGCAGCGAAUCCACUGCUUGAUGGCAAUCAGUUGGACACUGUGAUUUCUCGCAGAGACGGUGGUUCUGGUACAGCAAAGGACUUGAAUAAAGUGCAUGGUCGUGCCACUGCUGUCAAGGGCGAGCGUAAUCUUGUGCAAGCCUACAAGGAGAUCAGUGCCAUGUGUGAUUCCAUCUCUCUCUCUAAAAUUGUCAGCGAUACUGCCAAACAACUUUACAAGCGAGUCGAGGAUGAAAAGCUGCUCCGGGGUAAAUCCAGUGAUGCCAUCAUCGCUGCCUGCAUCUUUAUUGCUUGUCGUCAGGAGAAGGUGGGCCGUACCUUCCGAGAAAUUUGCGCAUUGACUCGUGUCCCAAAGAAAGAGAUUGGCCGUUGUUAUAAAUCACUCCAAUCCAAGUUGCAAACCAACACCACCAUCAUGAACUCUGAGGAUUUGAUGCUUCGUUUCUGCUCCAACCUUCAAUUGCCCAACUAUGUUCAAAAGGCAGGCAUUGAUUUGGUCAAACAGGCUAAAGAGGUCGGCACACUUGCAGGCAAGUCCCCCAUUUCUGUCGCUGCUGCUUGCAUUUACUUGGUCUCGUACCUCUACCGUCAACCCAAGUCUACCCGCGAUAUUGCUCAUGUCGCUGGCGUAUCUGAAGUAACCAUUAAAAGUGCCUACAAGACGCUCUAUGCUGAGAAGGAUAGUUUGGUUGAUUUGGAAGCUUUGAGAGCCAAACCUCAUGGUGAAGGUUUGAGUUUUGAAGAUCUUGCUUUGCCUUAA